UCAGGUACACAAAAUAAAGGUUAUAACCACUAUAGGGAAAUACGGGAGCAGGCCUGGAAUCCUAAAUAGGAUAAUCACCAAAGACGUCAUUGAAGUAGCACAUUAAACAGGUAAAAGGAGGAAGCAAGAAACCUAUGUGGUUUUGUGGAGGAGAAAGACUAACAAUUCAAAGGUCCUGGUGCCUGCGUGGCUGCCAUCUUGGUUAUGGUCCCAGAUUGGGAGGAAGGAGUGGAAGGUAGGAAAUGAAGUUAGACCAUAAAAAGGAUGCCUGCUCUUGAAGACCCUCCCAGGCUAUAAUAAGCUUAUCCCUUGGAUGCAAUGGGCAGUCACUGCGGGAGUUCCGACAAAGGACAGCCUGGUACAUGUUUCAAAAGGAUCGCUCUGACUGCUCUGUAGAGAACCAGCUGCAGGUGGCCAAGGAUGACAGACUAGUAGGGAGGCUACUGCAGAAACUCAAGCUACAGAGAACGGUGACUGGACUCAUUCUCUUCAGUAGCCGCAUGCUGUCUCUUGCUUUCGCCAUGUAAAACUACUGCAUGUGCAGUCCACUGCCUCCUACAGCAUCCAGUGGGGUUCUCGAGAUGUCAGGAACCAGCCCCGGAGAAGGAGUGAGAGAGAGAGCCAGGCUGCUGAUGACUCCACGGGAGGAGCCCUGGACAUGUGCUGUGGUGAGAGGCUGUCGGGUCUCCCCCAGCCGGUAGAGAUGGAACCACUGAACGAGGCUGAAGGGCUCCCCAGCAAGCAGAGGGAGAUGCCACCACCCCCGCCACCCUCACCGCCCUCUGAGCCAGCUCAAAAGCUGCCACCUCAAGACUCCGGGAGCCACUCCCUCACUGUCAGAAGCAGCCUGUGCCUGUUCGCUGCUUCUCAGUUCCUGCUCGCCUGUGGGGUGCUCUGGCUCAGUGGCCAUGGCCACUCCUGGCUGCAGAACACCACAGACCUCAUCUCUUCCUCGCUCACCCUGUUGAACCAUCUGGGACCUGUGGCCUGGCUGGUUUCUGGGACCUGGGGGAUCCCAAGUCUGCUGCUAGUCUCUCUGACUAUAGGCCUGGUCGUCAUCACCGCCCUGGUGUGGCACCUCCUCAAGGUACCCCCAGAGCCACCUGCCCCACUUCCCCCAGAGGACAGGCGCCAAUCCGUGAGCCGCCAGCCCUCCUUCACCUAUUCGGAGUGGAUGGAGGAGAAGGUGGAGGAUGACUUCCUGGACCUGGAUGCGGUGCCCGAGACCCCUGUGUUUGACUGUGUGAUGGACAUCAAGCCUGAGAGUGAUCCCACCUCGUUGACUGUCAAGUCCAUGGGUCUGCAGGAGAGGAGGGGCUCCAACGUCUCCCUGACCCUGGACAUGUGUACCCCUGGCUGCAAUGAGGAGGGCUUUGGCUACCUGGUGUCCCCCCGGGAGGAGUCAGCCCAUGAGUACCUGCUCAGUGCCUCCCGCAUCCUCCGGGCAGAGGAGCUGCACGAGAAGGCCCUGGACCCAUUCUUGCUGCAGGCAGAAUUCUUUGAAAUCCCCAUGAACUUCGUGGAUCCAAAAGAGUAUGACAUCCCAGGACUGGUGCGGAAGAAUCGGUACCGAACCAUCCUCCCCAAUCCUCACAGCAGGGUGUGUCUGACUUCACCAGAUCCUACAGAUCCUCUGAGUUCCUACAUCAAUGCCAACUACAUCCGGGGCUACAGUGGGAAGGAGAAGGUGUACAUCGCCACACAGGGACCCAUUGUCAGCACUGUGGCCGACUUCUGGCGCAUGGUGUGGCAGGAGCACACACCCAUCAUUGUCAUGAUCACCAACAUCGAGGAGAUGAACGAGAAGUGCACGGAGUACUGGCCGGAAGAGCAGGUUGUCCACGACGGCGUGGAGAUCACUGUGCAGAAAGUCAUCCACACUGAGGACUAUCGGCUGCGGCUCAUCUCCCUCAGGAGAGGGACUGAAGAGCGAGGCUUGAAGCAUUACUGGUUCACAUCCUGGCCUGACCAGAAGACUCCGGACCGAGCACCUCCUCUCCUGCACCUGGUACGGGAGGUGGAGGAGGCAGCCCAACAGGAGGGACCCCAUUGUUCCCCAAUCAUCGUUCACUGCAGUGCAGGGAUUGGGAGGACUGGCUGCUUCAUCGCCACCAGCAUCUGCUGCCAGCAGCUGCGACGUGAGGGCGUCGUGGACAUCCUAAAGACCACAUGUCAGCUCCGUCAGGACAGGGGUGGCAUGAUCCAGACAUGUGAACAGUACCAGUUUGUGCACCACGUCAUGAGCCUCUAUGAGAAGCAACUGUCCCACCAGUCCUCAGAGUGACCACGCUCUUCCUCUGAGCUCCUCUGGGCACUGCCCAGUCUGAGUCUGGGCCUUCACCCUCACAACCCAAGACCUGGCCUUGCUUGGGUCCUGGGUCUGCUCCCUGUCCUUCCCCCCACCCCACCCCCACUCUUCUUUUUCUUCAGUCUGCUCCCCCUCUGUUAUCCUGGCCUGGUCU